AUGAAGGUCCUGGUGCUGUUGGCGACGUUGGUGGUUCUGAUUUCCACUCAAGAAGAAACGACGACGAUUUCCUGGAAGCCCGACGUCUUGGCCUCGCUUAAAAUGCCGGAAUUCUUUAUUUUGUCGAGGAGAAGGCUCCCAAGCUCUCUCAAUUCUGAAGAACCUCCCGAAGAAGCCACUUCCACCACGACGGAAUCUCCGGAGGUUGAUGGCGAAAAUGGAGUAGAAGACAUUGCUCGAAGUGAGUUUUAAAUUUAUAGUCACUUAGGAGACUUAUAAUAUUCACAAAAAUGUCCCUAAAAGAUGAAUUCACGGUUCGGAAAGUUUACAUUCACUAUUUCUGGUAAGAAAUCGUGUAAUUUUGCUUCCAGGAUCACAUUAUUGAUUUCUUUCGAUUUUAGAAGUUCAGAACCUAACAAACUUCAUGGAAGAAUUUGUAUUUCAUGAAGUUUGUUGGUAAAAUCUUCCGUUCAAAAACGACUUAUUAUGGUUUUAGCCGAUUUUCUGAGCUUUCUCCAGCAAAAUUCUGAACUUUUUUUUUCCAAGCCACUGCUCUUGAAAACUUACACCUAGAAGAAAAAUAAGCCCGUUACACCCCAUAGUUGGAAAAAAUUCUCCCUGAAACUGUUUCAGUCGAGCAAAUCUUCAAGAAAGAGUUCUUGAAUCAAAACUGGCCGGACAUCAAACGCGACGUCUUCUACAUCUACAAAUCCAUUGCGACGUUGUUGAACGCGGCGGAAAUUUUGUUCACGAACGAAAAAUGCGAGAUCAAGUCCCAGCAACUCUUCAAUGCGACUGGGAAUCGGGUGAGCUUCAAGUUCAUGGCUUUUUCGAAUAAUUUUUCAAGUUUAGAUGGAGCCGGUCGUCCACUUUUUCAGUUAUUACACCAAGUAA